AUGGCACCGUUGUCCACCAGCAACGUGUCUGAAGUCAAUCUAAGCUAUUACCAAUCAGUCCAAGAAGACAUGAGGAAAAUUUUGAAGUGUUUGGGACCGGAUUUUGCCAACAAAGAUGCGCUGCAAAUCGCACAAGGAAAUCAACAAGGAGAUGGCGGCAUCCAAGAACCUUUCAACAAGGAAAGCGCCACGAGGGCUCUUGGGAACCAGAAUUUGUACAUUUGCGCUGGGAACUUGUUCUGGUUGGAUUUUCUGAGAUCCCCAAGCCCAGGAGUACCACUACAAAGGCAUGGUGUAUGCCAGCUAGGUGACUUCUUGUGGCCCAAGAACCAGUCCAAACCGAUGUUCCUCCUCAAGUUGUUGGAGGUGGAAGCCCCAACAGAUGUGCCAGAGAGACCAUCAGCUCUGGGUAUGCUUUCUCCGGAAGGCUAUGCGCAUGCUGCUCUGUAUGCGGCUGCCAGAGACCUCCCAGAGCACAAAGAGGAAUGGCAAAUUGUGCUGAGGUCAGAGUAUGAAUCUCUGAGCCGAUCAGCUUUGCAGCAGGCCACCGAGAUCAGCAUGCUGAAGAAGCGCAUGGAGUCCGAUGUAGGACGAACUCUUCAACCAGCGGAGCUCGUCAAUCAGUUGAAGCAAUUUGGCCUCAAGAAAGUGUAUGAGAAGAUGAAAGGCCCCGAGAUGCUAGGUCCCAUUCUAGCCAUGGAAGAAAAAUUUGGAACAAAGUCUUGCUUCAACUCCCUCAGCAAACUGCAUCUCUUGGCAACCAAACCUGAAGCCAAUCGGCGGGUUUGGGUGAUGCAGGGAAUCUAUGACUGGCUCGUCCGCAGUUUGCUGACGAACGAUGAGGUGACCAAGAACACUCUCACUGGUGAUCGCAACACCUGCGGUUUGAUUCCGCUCCUGGAGUUGAAGAUGCUUUGCCUGGAACAUUGGCUCUCAUCCAUGAUGGCCCGCGCCAACAUCCUGGAGAAGGACCGGGCAGUGAUCCGCCGAGUCUUGCAGGACCAUGCUUCGUAUCGGCAGGAGAUGCUGGGCUCAGACGUCUCAUGGCAAGGCAAUCUCGCCCGCAGCUCUUUGGAGGCAUUGCAGUUUCUUGAGAAGCUGGUGUUCAACAAACAAUUCGACAAUCAGCUAAAGCAGCAUGCCCGCGGGCACAAGAACGUCGAAGAAGUGGCCGAAAAUGAGAUCAUCAAGGAGGAAUGGUCCAAGGUCAUUUCCAUCCGAGAAAAUGAAGUGGCAGAGCAGAAGGUGCGGGACAAGAUGGAAGACCAGGAGGACGGAGACGCCCCGGCAGAGACCGCUCUCCAUCAAAUGCGUCGGGCAGCCAAUGAGUUUGUGGAGAACGGCCAGGAGUAUUGGAACAGUUUGGCGAACACAACUGUGAGGCGGUAUGUUUCAUGUAUGGUGCUGCCAGCCACACAAGGGCAAAUGCAGAGAGAGCUGACCAACUCUUGCCUCAAAGAUGUCAUUGUGCCGGAGGGCCAGAGGUCGUGCUUGACUUGGUGUGACCUGGAUUAUAUGGGUGAGAAUAUGGGCGUCAAUUCGCAGAUUGGCCUUCGGAGGCUGCAGCCCUUGGACGGGAACGGUGAAAUCAAGAGCCUCAUCCAAGCCACGAUGCUGGCCCGUGGGGCCCAAGUGAAAAGCGACCAAGGGGAGAUAACGGUCCCUGCUCCCGGAGAGAUUGUGUGCUUCCACGCAGCCUCAGACAGACCAGGAGCAAUCUCAGAGUUGCGCAAGAUCUUUCGUCUUGCUGCAGCGACAAGAGGUGACACCAUCGACUGUGAACAGAAAGACAUCAUGGUUGUCUUCCAGGAGGAAUCUGUGCGCAGCCGAAAGAAACGCAUCAAAGGAUCAGAGGCCUACAGAUGCGACAGCUACUUGCACUUGUUCAGCGGUUUGACCCUGAUUCCUGGCUUAGUCCCAGAGAAAAGAAGGCUGCACUAUGACGGAUUCAACACAGGGAAUGUCAUGGGGUGGGUGACAUGUCUCCAGCCGAAUUCCUUGUGGGAAGCUACCCGGAAAGACAAGGAGAAGAUUCUGGGCCCCAAGGCGUUGAAGCUCACGACCGCUGAGCAGAUCA